GUUGUGUGCUGCUGCUUUUUUGUUAUCGUCUUGAGUAGGCGCCGGCCCGAACAUGAGCCCGCCAGUUGCCGCAAUGCUGCUAUUCAUUCCUGGCCUGUGUUGGACCUGCGAGCUCUACGAGUGUCCGACGGACUGGUGGAAGCACAGGAGCGGUUGUUACAGACUAAAUUACGUCCGAAACACGUGGAGUAAUGCUGAAGCGGCUUGCUUGUCAAGCGGAGGCCAUCUGCUUAGCAUUUGGGACAAAGCUGAGCUGUCGUGGCUGAAGUCACUCCAUCUAAGGUUGCAUUACUGGACGGGUAUGUUCCGUAUCAACAAUACCAAUGAAUGGAAUUGGACCGAUCGAAGUACUUACCACCAAGAGGACUGGCGUGAAGUUGAGAUACCCAAAAGGUGGAAAGGCCCGCAAUGCGUUGCGCUAAAGGUUCCAACCAAAACGUUGACAGUCGUGUACUGUCAAGAACUCCUGGCAUUCAUUUGCAAGCUUACCUUGGACACAUGUUUGUGUCCUCCUUGUUAUGGUCCUGCUCCUCCUGCCAUUCCAAAAUCCACCACUACCUACUCUCCUCCUACUUGUCCUCCUUGUGCUUCCACUGCCCCUGGUCACACUACCCUUCCAACUGUAUUGAAAACCACCGCCGUGCCGAAAACCAUUUUGGCACCGGAGAUCUGCAAAAUAUCAAUCAAUCAGUCCACAUCGUGUGCCUCGAAUGACUACACGUGCUCGUGCCUGCUCGGCGUGUUUCCCAACCCGGAUGGUGCAUUCCAAGCUGAACUCAACGACGGUCUCGGUGUGAAUCGCCGCAUUGUCAUCAGAGGACAAGCCGAUUCCAAAGCAGAGAGGCUCAUUGUCAAGCUGCUUCUGGGCAAAGAAGACAACGUGACAGCACUUCAACUGAAUUUCCACUAUGGAUACAAAACCAUUGAGCUCAACUCCCGAGCGGACAACAAAACUGCUCAAAAGACCGUGAACCCUUCUCAACACCACAAGUUUGAACCCGGACACAACUUCAAGAUUGUCAUUCGAUUUGGCAACAACACUUUCAAUAUGACCUUGGAUGACAAUGUCCAGCUGGGCUUGGAACAUCAAUUUAAGGACCUGCAACGCAUCAAGUGGCUGGAAGUGUGGCACGUGCUGCUGAGUUCCAUCCAGCUGAUGUGACCAAGUCCACUUUUGGAUAUCAGCAACAAUUGUUUACAUUCUAACUUUUUUUUUCUUUCACCACUCACUAUUGCUACCUUCUGGUAUAUAACAGCUAAGGGGGGGUAAUGCAUUACUGUAAUAUAUUACAUUUAAGAUGAAAUAUUCAAUGAAUUUCUGCAUUGGUAGUCGUUGAACCCGAUAAUGUUACAUUAAGACCACAACUCAGGUUUGAUCACAAAGAUUUAUAACCAAGAUUAAUUUUUUUUAGGGUCGAUUUAAUAGAACGAUACCGGAUUGACCAUAUAGUUUGUGUGCGCUUUUAUUUUGAUUUUUUUUGAAAAUAUAUGUAAUUGCCACUUGCGAGUUUGGCUCAAUGUAAUUCUUUUGUUGUAUGAAAAUAAAGAUAUGACCGGAACUGGA